GGCAUGCCUUGCUCACAUACUUUGUUUUUCCAAGAUGGCGGCGAGCACAAGUGACGCUGUCUUGCCCGAAACGGACGGAAAAACAAAUGAAAACACCGUGAAGAUUAUCUGUCUCGGGGAUUCAGCUGUCGGGAAAUCAAAGCUGGUGGAAAGGUUCCUCAUGGACGGAUACAAACCACAGCAGUUAUCUACAUAUGCCCUUACUCUUUUCAGAUACAACACGAAGGUCGGAGGUCAGGAGGUCACAGUGGACUUCUGGGAUACUGCAGGACAGGAGAGAUUCAGCAGUAUGCAUCCCUCUUACUACCAUCAGGCUCAUGCAUGCAUAAUGGUGUUUGAUGUUACAAGGAAGGUGACGUACAAGAAUUUACCUCAGUGGUAUAAAGAGCUUAGAAGUUACAGACCGGAGAUACCUUGUUUAUUAGCAGCUAACAAGAUAGAUGUUGACUACAACAUCACCCAUAAGAACUUCAACUUUGCCAAGAAGUACAAUUUACCCUUUUACUUUGUCUCAGCAGCUGAUGGCGCAAAUGUAGUCAAGCUUUUUCGAGAAGCAAUCAAAUCUGCAGCAGCUUAUAAGGCCAACCCCACUGACUUCAUGGAUGAAGUUAUGCAAGAGUUAGAGAAUUUUGACGAUCUUAAGUUGUCACCAGACGGCAGCCUUGACUUGGUCAACAACUCAGAGGAUAAAGAAAGCGAGAAAGAGACUAGCCCGGCCUCAACACCAGAGGGCGCCCCCGAAUCGUCAUGACAACAGCCAAACUGUUUAGGCAAGGGGUAAUUAUUUUACAGUGGGUAUUUAAGCGGCACACGGCCAGACAGUUGGAUUGGUGUAGCAACUGUAAAAUCAGCGGGAUGGAUAGCCAUAAUUAAUUUGAUUCCCAAGGUGACACAGUGUUGCCAUGGCAACGGGUCAGAGGUCACAGUUGAGGACUGUGGCACAAGAGGGCAUCUCGAGGCUCGACCUUGGAUGUUGGAUGUAGGGAGACCUGGUACUUGUAUAUGCAAGCCGAGGCAAUAUUGUCA